AUGUGGGAUUUUUGGGAUGAGUACAUCUGGUUGGGAGAAAACACAUCAUGGAGUGAUAUGGCGAGUACAAAUAUUAGUUAUCCGCAAGUAACCGACCUCCGGUACACUAUAGUCUUUGGUUUCGCUUUGCUGGUAAUACGAGUACUUUUGGAGUCCCUUGUCUUCCUGCCUGUCGGCUGGAUAGGCGGUUGGAUCUCUUCUCCUCUUCUACCUCAGAUACUGUCUCAUCUUUUUGGUAAAAGUGCCACAUCAAAGUUCAUUCGGCACUGGUCCGUGAAUAUGGUCCGCGUUGGUACGCUGAUACUUUUCACUCAUGAUACUGCGGAUAUUUUGCUAGAAGCGAUGAGGAUGGCGCGCUACGCAAUGUGGCUGAAAGCGAGGGAUAUCAUAUUUUUGAUUUUCUUUGCUGUGUGGACUUUCACUCGCCUUAUCUACUACCCAUUCUGGAUUCUGCGAUCAGUGUUGUUUGAUGCCCCGGAACUGCUUCAGGUAGUGUGA